AUGAUGAUCGUCUUCUGCAUUUUCUGGUUAUUUUCGACGACGUCUGCUGGUCCGGUGGUUCUGCCGACGACGUCGUCAGCCACGACAUCUUCCGGGUUUCGGCCUAUUGAUGGAUUGAUUCAGUCUGUUGGUGGGUUUUGCAAUUGAAACUUCUCAUUUUAACAUGUAUGAAAUUGUUUCUCAUUUCUGAACUUUAAAAACAUUUUUUUGCCAUGUUCUCGAAGCUCUUUCUCAUGCCGCUCGAUUUUAUCCACAGAGGAAGCUUUCAUUUUUUUCCUUUGAAAUCACCUUUGAAUUGCUAUCUUUUCUUUCUAAAGAAAACCUUUUUAAGAGCCUGCCUUUCGAAUAUAGAAUGGGAAUUUCUCAGAAGCUCGAAUAAUUAAAGAAAACUUCAUCUCCGCAUUAUGAAAGCCUUUUCUUUUUGUAUUUGUAUUUGCAAUCUUCACCUUUCAAGUUUUGAAAACUUCUAAAAAUUUUUCAGAAAACUUUUCUCAUUUAUUUUGGUAAUCUCAAAAAAUCUGAAAAAAAUGUUCUACCUGUCGAUUGCAAUUUUCUUGAUUGACAUAUCAUCGUGUGAUUGUGCCGCUGUUUUUUUGUUCUCUGACUUUUUUGAUUUGAAAGAUUUUUCUUCUUUUUUUCGAAAACAGAGGUUAAGUUUGAAAUAAUUAUUGAUUCAAACAAAUUUCACUUAUUGACUUCAUUCUAUCCAAAAAAAACACAGAAAGCAAAGAAAAUAUUCCGUUUCUGUUCGUUUUUCGACUUUCUCAAACACCUCCUUUUUAAAAAAAUUUCCAUUUUUUUCUCACCGAAUUCAUAACUAUUUUUUUCAUGACAAUUGAAUCAUUUAUCGUUUUUUUCUAAUUGUAUUUUUCUAUCCAUAUCGUCAACCAUUCGAUUUUCAACACCUGACCACUCGUUCCUUUUCGAAAAAAGAACAACAGCAGAGAAAAACGACGAAAAGGUGUGCGCGGAGACCGCCGCAGCUGUUUGACUCGUUCAUCACUUUCACCAAUUUUUUGUUCACCACCAUCACCAACACUAUAGCGGGCUGGAUAGUUGCGUAGAUCGUACAAAGUGUGUGGAUUUGUCCUCGAAAAACCGACCUUGAAGUCAAUUUUUGGCGCUGAAAUAACUGAAAAAACUCCAAAAAUUUUAAGACCUGUAAUUUUGAACAAAUUUGAACAAAAAGAGCAACGGAACAACAUCGUUAUCAAGUUUUAAGUCUUUUUUCUUGAAUGUUCCGCCUAAUUAUUUUAAUAAUUCUUCACUGUUAGGAAGAGAUUUUGGUCGGUUUUUUCCAGAUUUUGCUCUGAAAAAUAGUUUGACGUCGGGACGUAAUCUGAUGGGUGGCGUAUCUUUCCUGAUCUGUAAUUAUCUUGUUGGUGAUAAUGAAGAGUACCAGAUAGGGAUUUUCAAAAGAGAUAGAAGCUAUGAAUAUUUGAAUGCAUUCAAAAAAUGACCUCAAUAAGGAUUUGGAAGUUAUUUUCAGUGAGGAAACCUGGUCUGACGGACACAAUCUUUCCGACGAUUUGCCCACCUUCGUGUGCUCAGUUUUUCCGUGCCAUCGACCAGGAAGUCAACUCAUCAUUAAGCAAUAAAGUGAGAGCUAUCUAGUCAACUAUUUAUCAGUUACUUUCCAGUGCGCAUGUGCCUGUCCCCCGGAGAACCCUUUAUACCUGGCCACAGAAGGUUUCUGCACAAACCGCAUUGGUGAGUUUCGCAUUUCUACUCCCAAAAAACUUUCUUUUUAUUUUGAAUUCCUACUAUGGCUAAUUAAUCAAAAUCAAAAGAAUUUGGUGACUCAGACGAUUGUCGUCAAACGAUUCGAUGGAAUUCAUCAGCCGCGACGGAAACGACCGUCCCAGUGGUCCCAUUGUUCGCGAGGUCCGUCAUCCUUCCUGACAUUGGCCUUUUAUGGGAAGGUUCGUGUCGGCAUCAUCUUCUCUGCAAAAAAAAGAAAAUAAUGGGUAGCAAAUACGAAAAGAGUUGCCUCCAGACGGGAUUGAACCGUCGACCUUCUGUUUACGAGACAGACGCUCUGCCACUGAGCUAUAGAGGCAAGACGCGCUUAACAAUCUACAGUUCGAACAGAUUACAGCUGUGCAAGCGAUUCAGUGUCAGAAAAAGAGAUUUAGUUUUCACUGGGCGGCUUUCAGAGAAAGCCUCGUCUUUGCAGGGGUCGCUAAUGGCAAAUAAAAAGAAGCUACUUGAUAGAACUUUCAAAAAUCUCGAGGGUUUCAGAAGAUCUUUUAUUAAAAUUGAUAUUCUUUAAAUAAAUAAAACUUUAAAUUAAAAUUUGAUAGAUGUCGAGAGGGAAAAUCCUAUCAGUGCACUUUUCAAAAGUUUCAUCAGAGUAUCACUAUAGUAUCACUUGUUUCUUUGGAUUCUCUUAGUUUGAACUUCUCUCAAUCUUUUUUCGUCUUGAACGCCCUCGGAACGGCUACUCAAUUACAUUUACCCACUAAAUCUAACUUAAUUUAAUGUAAUUUAAUGAAAUGAAAGCUUUCGAAAAAGUACUUCAGCGCUGAAAUUGGAUUCUCAGGUCUCCUUUUUGUGGUAGAAAUCGACUUUUAUUUUUCAGUGAGUUGGACUUAUUUCUCCCACUUUUCAGAAGCCAAAAUCGGCGUUUCGGCUGCCGGCCACGUCAACUGUUCCAUCACCCGCGUCUUCUUCGAGAAUCUGCAGCAUCGCUGGAAAAGUCCAUCCAAACGCAACCUUUUCGAUAUUUCCACUUUUGAUCAGCGGCCAGUUAUUUUUGUGAGUUGUUUUGUCCUUGUUUCGGCUUUAGGGAAUCUCAAGAGCUAUCUCUUAUGAACUUGAGAAGAUUUCAAGAAGGCUGGAAUAUUUCAAAAUCUUGUUUUCUGCUGCGAUUUCGCAAACUUUAUCAACUCGUUGACUUAAUUUAAUCACAAAAGUAGAAGUAACAUGAUUCUGUUCACCAAAAAGGCAAGUUUAUAACGAAAAUCAGCUGUUUUUCUAGAUUUUUCGGAUUUUUACUAGCCAACUUCAGAAGCUUCAUUUGUUUGCAUUUCAAGCCCAGAACUCCCAUUUUUCUAUCAAAGAGUAACUGUUGCCUAAUUUCGUUUCCAACAAAAAAAAGUCAGAAUAUCUUGUUUUAUAAUUCUGCCGAUAUCUGUGCCUUGUUCCGCUGGAUAUCCCGGCGAUCGUCGCAAUCCUCCCGGUGAUUGACGACGCAACCGUGUUGUUCGAUAUUUUGCUUCGUUCCAAAUAAGGAAAGAGAUUUGGCCUGGAAACGUUUGAAAUCAGGUUGUGCGGUGUUCGCGACGGGAGAAGCCGAAAAUGAGGGAAUGGGUGAAAUUAGAAGAUGACUUGAGAGAUUUCUAGAAAUAGGUCUGAGUUUGGAAUAGAUUUCAUCUUUGAGAAGUUUCGUAUUUCCUAUAUGUUCGCUCAAAAACUACGUCUGGGAACUUUCAUAGAAAGUUAUACUUUGCAGAUAUGUUCAGAAUAGCGAAAAUAAGGAAUCUGCAUAACAUCCAGAAACGUUUAGCAAAUUUAUCGGAAAGUUCCAAACUCAUGCUAAAAUUACCUUCUUUGGAAGCACCUUUUAAAGAAUUCAUACGAGCUUUUCCAAUGAUAAAACAAUGAAUGGUGGUAUGAAUAUUGACAAGCUUAUCUUCUUUUUAUAUUUUAUUUCCAGUUCCGAGGAAAUGAAGCCGACGCCUCUUCACUCGUCGGCUCAGUGAUACAACUGAAAUUGUCCUGUGCAAGAUGGAUGCCUGAAGAGUACUGUAUCGCCAUCAGAGUAGCCGGCAUCUCUGGUAAUUUUUCCAUCAUAUAAAUACAGAUUUCUCUUGAAAAGAGCUUGAAGUGCUCCAUUCUAAGUGAAAUAAAUACGGUCUGAGUCAGUGUGUUGAGCUCUGGAGCUUGUAAAAACUUUUUUCCAAAAUAUUCUGUGUUUUUAAGCUUCAAACUCGAUCAUAAGUAAAAGCUAGCCGUAAAGAAGGCUUGCCAAUGAGCAUUUCCGAAUUACGCUAGGAAUUCAAAGAUUCCUUUUUUAUCCCGUGUUCGCCAUGAAAAACUUGUUUUAAUCGCGACGGCCACGUUUUAUGAUUUAUUAUCAUGCAAAUCACCGUUCUCUUAAUGGUUUCAAACGGUAUGGUUCGGACUUGCCAUCGGAUAGGAUUCGAUUAUAUUUGGGGAUGGAAUUUAAUUGGCCCUUUUGUGUGGUUGGCCGUAAUCAUGGACGUUGCUAACAAGGCUUGGACACUGCUUCUCAACCUUCUUCAACGUUUGUAAACCUUCUUUUAUUCUUCUAAUUGUUUUCUAGAUCGAAAGUCGUAGGAAGGAUUGUUGAGGGCUCAAAGUACAUUUUUGGAUACAAUUUAUUUAAAUCAACAAUUUCCUUCAAUUCCUCAAACACGAAAGCAGAGCUUCUACAAAAACGUUCUGAAUUUGUAGUUUGAAGGAGCGUUUUUUAUAAAAUCACCUACAUUGUCAAGCUUAUUGUUUUCUUUUGUUUCAUCGUCUUUCAAAACAAAAAAGACUGACUAGGGAAUGGUCUCCAUUGGGACUUCUGAAUGUGACUAGGCUCGCUAGAUGUAAUUUUUCACGCUGAUUCUAAAUCUGGUCUUAAGAACUGCCCUCGAGGUCUGUGAAAAAAGGUAAAAUCUCAAAAGUCGAAAAUUUCAAUGUCUGCGAUUGAGCUCGUUUUUGGAAGGUAUAGAAAGUCAUAUUAAUUGCGUUUCAACAUGAUUAUUCUAAUGAAUGCAAUUUCAGUUGUCAUCUGAAUUUAUAAAGAUUCUCUUAGUCCCAUCAUGGAAAAUUUUAAAAAAUGAGUCUUACUUCUAUGAUGCAGUUUCUGAGUGUUGUUGUCUGAAGAAACCCGAUUCAAAAAAAAAAAAGAAUUGGAAAUUAUGCUCUGUAAAGACUCAAUAUUUUUACUCGGAUAUUGGUAACGCGAAACGGACGUGCUCCGGACGUUUCUGGACGAUUUUAGGGAUCAAUUAAGAGUUUUGAGGCUACUAAAGGGGUCACUAGAAAUGCCCCGACACGUCCGAUUUGUGUCCCGUUCGCGUUACCAAGGUCCGAGCAAAUUUUUCUCAAAAUUUCUUGCAUCAUUGUCAAAAGAGCAAAGAAGUUUUCCAUGAUUCUCGAGGCGGAGAACUGUUUUCAACGUCUUUAAGAUCUUGAAAGGUUUCUGAUCUUUUCUGCAAAGUUUCGUCUUACCAUACUAGGAUAUCUAACAAAGUUUUCAAAGGGUUUCUCAUUAAUUUUGCCGAUUAUUUUCCUCUACUGAAAUAUUUUGUAGGAACCGACAACAUGGACUUGCCGGUCAGCCCCGGGAACGACGAUCUCCAAAUCCUUUUGGUUCUCGGCUUGGUUUGCUUCGUCCUAGCCACCUUGGCCGUGACUUUCGUCGUUUGGAACGUCUGCUGGAAGAUCAAAAAGCGAAAAUUAGUUUCCGACUUCCAAAUGCAGUUCAUCUACCAUUUCAAACAGCAGCAGGAGGCUCAGAAGGUGCUGAUUUCAAAAUUUCGAUGAGAUAAUUCUUGUUUUAGAUGGCAGCAUUGGAAAAUGGUCUCGAAGGUGGUGCUGACGUCGACAAUUCUCAGGGUAGGGACAACAGACGGCGGCUGUUUUUCAGCGCAGGUUGGAAUAUUUUUAAAAUGAUGCGAUUGGAACUUUUUGAAGGUCGUCAGCUCUCUUCUAAGUUUGAAAUGGGGUUAAUCCAAUAAAUUUCGAAAAUUCAAUUCUUAAACAUUUUCGUGAGCUGGAGGCUUGAGGCUCAUAGACGCAAUACUUUAAGUUAACAAAUUCGAAAGUUUCUAGAAAAUUCGAACUUUAUUGAAAUUGACUUCUGAUAGGAGAAAACUUCGUUUGAUUUUUAAUGUUUUAUCCCGUCUAUCAUAGAUCUUUUCCUCAAUAAAACACUCCCUCACAACUGCACAAAAAUGAGCACCAUUUCAGAGUACCUUGAACGAGAAAUGCUCGAAAACCCGCCGCCAAUGGCCGAGCAGUUCCUCCACGACCUCCGAAGAAUGGUGGACUGUGCUCGAGAUCGCAUCCGACAGCGAAGAUUCGUCCCGAUGCUCAUCACCAUUCCAGAAGUUUCCGAAGAGGUUGAUGGAGCCUGACAACGUCUGACGUCAUCCUCACUUCAGAAUCACCAACGGAAGUCCUAUGCCGAGGAAGAAGUUGGCUCUUCAGACUCAUGCCAGGAGUCGCCGAGAAGCGAGGCCAAGUCGGUGGAUUCUGGCCGCGAAUCCAAAGAAGAUUCUGACGAUUCUGGUCGAGAUGACGAUGAACAACAGUUUGACGGCGUCAAUCGCGUCAGCAACAUCGUCAAUGGUGAGGAAUGACGUCGUGAUUCUGAUAUAUUGAAAGGUCAUACUGAACCUUUUCAGAACAUCUCUAGCAGUUUUAUUCAAAACCUUGAGCCACUUUCGAAGAAAAAAGUUUAAAAAUCAACAAGUUUUCUUCGAAUAAUUUUGAAAAAAAAUAAUGUGGAACAUGGUUUUCAUAACUUUAAGCUUACAAUGAACUACAAGUUUUCUUUCACAAAAAAGUUUCUGAGCGACAAGAGGCGGUUUUCCUCAGUUUUAGGCAGUCGUGCUAAUCAUAGGCCUAAUUUUUUUGAAGCAAACCGUCUUUGGGCUUUUUUUGAGCUGAGGAAAGGUGUAGUGGAAAAAGCUAAAAAGUUUCAGCUUUCGAAACGAAGCUCAACACUCGGCCUUCCCAGCUGCCAGUGCUGAACUACCGUCGUCCCCCGCCGCCAGAAGUGCCGCCAAAACCGCCGCCGGCGUCGCGGCUCCCGACGCUAAUCGGACAUCCCUCGCCGCGGCCGCACUCGCGGACUCUCAGCGUCGCCAACGCCGUCGAAGUCGAAGAGGUGCCGCCGCGAAGCGGGAACUUCAAGGGCCGCAGGUCAGUCUCCCUGAGACUCAUUUUUCAUGGACUUUUUGUGAUAUCGUGAAUUGUCACAGCCUUUUGUUUUUGAUCAAAGAAAGCUUUCCCGAAAUGCAGAUUGAUGCUUGACGGCUGCCUUCAAAGCGGUAAGGCUUUUCAACAGGCCCCAAAAAUUCAAGUGUUCAUUUUUUAAAUCCAAGACUUUUUGGAGACCUUGCUUUUCUUCUUAACUUCCUUUUUUCUACACACCUACUUCACAAAAAAUAAUAUAUAUUUCAGUCUGAAGGAGCGAAAAGGCUACGCAGUGUUCCCUGGCGACGGAACCAUCAACAAAUCGCUGCCAAGGCGGCCCAAACGGCCCGGUUUCGACUGA